AUGAGUGCUGCUGGAGCUUCUGGACAUGGCCUUCCAUCACUGGACGACGUCCUCACGCAGAUCACGACAAACCCAAACGUGGUUAUUGUCGCCUCCUACCUGAAGACCUUCGCACCAAGGGAAGUACGGGAGACAAUCCUAGCAGGUGCAUUAGGCAGCGGACAGGAUCCUUUGGCGGUGCUUGAUCCCCACAGAAAUACUCUGGGUUACCUAUACAUCCUUUCCGCGCGAUUGCACUCAAUCAGUACUGCAAACCCGGUCGCGAACGCGAUUCUUCCAGACGCAAUCGAAGCUUUUGCGAGCAAGUUUAAUCCGCCACAGGCACGAUUGGCAGCUGAUCGAGUUACAUUGCUUGGGAAGGGCAUUGUACGGUUCUAUGAAGCAGCACAUAACCCGAGAGGAGCGAUCGCACCACUGUCCAACCUCGUCCAACGAUACCCGCCAAACCUCAGCUACCUCACAACGCUGCACCCCAUCUUCCUCAGGCUUUGUGUCACACAGCGCUACUUCGCCGCUGCGCUCCCCGUCCUCUCCCAUCCGAUCACAUCUGUCGACCCCUCGCUUUCAGAUCUGCACUACAAUGAUAACCUUGUGUACCAUUAUGCGGGUGGAAUCGCCCUCGGUUCGCUCAAACGAUGGCAGCAGGCCGAGGAAUUUUUCGAAAUCUGCGUAAGCGCGCCCGCGCAAGUGCCCGCGGCGAUCCAGCUCGAGGCGUUCAAAAAGCUGGUGCUCGUCCAGCUGAUUCAGUAUGGCGAGACGAUAGCUCCUCCAAAAUACACCCUUCCUGCUCUCCAACGACAACUCAAGAACACGCCGUACAACAACUUUGUCAAGGCAUACCCGGCGGAAGCCAGCACUCUCCGUCAGAUCGUCGCCAAGGAGCAAGAGAUCUUUAACCAGGAGAAGAACUUGGGGUUGAUUAACCAGGCGAUCGAUCGUGCACCAGUGUGGCUGAUCAAGAAACUCACAGCAACGUACUUGACUCUUGGACUCGCUGACAUUGGCAAGGAGGUCGGGAUUGACAGCCCUGAGGAAGUUCGCGAGAUCAUCCUCUCGAUGAUUGACUCCGGGGAGAUCAACGGGAGCAUCUCCCAGGACGGGACCGUGACGUUCGCGGACCCCGUCCCGCAGUUCUCGAAGGACCAGCUCGACAAGAUGCUCGUCGACGCCCAGGAGCAUAGCCGUCUCCUGAAUGAGAUCGAGCUUCACCUGAACGCGAGCAAGGAGUACUUGACCAAGGUUCGUCUGGUUUGCUCUGCCGCUGUAUGA